CUUCUGGAAACAUCCACUUUCGUACAAAGUCCACGCGUAUGAUGGAAUACCCCGAGGUGGCCCGUCAAAUGUCAAAUGCCAGGAGCGCAUAGCAUGACAUGGCAUAACCGAUGAGAUCGUUAGUUGCCUCAGUCGCCUCCGUCUGCGUAAGCUGUUUAAGGUUUGUAUAAAGCUUGGCCCGGGUCUCCUUCAUCUAACGGACUUCUGAUAUGUUGGUAUACUACCAUCUUGACCAAGCGCCUAUAUAAGUGAUUCCAUUUGAUUAUCUCUUUGGUUAGUUCCGGACACUCACUACUCACAUAUAAACGAGUGUUAUUUCUGUCUAUUUCCGUCUAUCACUUACAACUUACAACUCUCAACUAUCGUGAGAUCUUAUAUAAAUAGUACUUCGAAUCGAUAUCUCGAGUCAUCUCACUAGAGCCCUUUCUCUAGCUUACUACUCUAUUAUACACCCCAGUUCACUACAGUUACCAGACUACCUACGAAAAUGAAGGCCUCAUCUAUCCUCACUCUUUUCGCGGCUACCGCCGCUAUGGCUCAAUCCCAGAGUGGCAGCUCUGCCGCUUCGGGAGCCUCUGCUACAGCUGAUAGCACCAACGCUGGAACAAGUGCUGCUGUCCAAGCCUCAAGCGCUGCUUCCGAAAGCAGCUCAAGCACUGUCGGAGGAACAAGCGCCGUAGUUGCUGCGUCGAGCAGCUCCAGCUCUUCUGCCGCCGUCGCUACUGUCGCCACUGUUGCUACCGUUGCUUCUGCCGCGGCCAGCAGCUCGUCCUCAAGCGCCUCGGUUCCCACAAUUCUAUCCGCUGCAACAGGAACUGGAGUGACUGUUUCUGCUGUCGCCUCUGGCACCGCCGGUACAGCCGGUACCGGCGCUGCUUCGGCUUCUUUCAGCUCUGCCGCCGGCGUCAACGCUACUCUAGUAACAAGCGCUACGGGCAGUGGUCAGGCUACCGCUACACCCACCGGCCCAACCACCACAUUCGCCACUGGCGAAUCUGCUACUGGAACUGCCGUGCCAGAUUCAAGUGCAUUCCAAACUGGCAGCAACAGCCUGUUGGCUCUCGUCGGCUUUGCUGCGGCGUUCUUGCUCUCCUAAGCGGACGGACUAGGAGACAGACGAAUAUAAUAUGCGGACCCGAGCACCAGAUUACCACCACACGCUUAGCACUUACCUGGAUACAUAGUAUCUACCCGCAUACUACUAAAUUCUGAAUUUUCCUUCGAUUACUUGUGGUCACAACAUACCAACCGAACCAGGCUGGCCCUCGGGAGGCUGGUGGGCUUGGUUAACACCAGUCGUUCGUCAUCACACCUCUUCUUAAUACAAUUUGGUCGGGUCUAAGCUUCAUACUUUUGAAACAAAAAGUUGGGAUGGUGGUGACGUGGUCUCGGCUUAAUAGUGGUAAAUUGGCAUAGGGUCCCGGUCAGCAUCGGCAGGCGUUGCGGCAACAUUCUUUGAGAUUAGACUUGGACUUGGGACAUCCCGAUUACCCCCACCUUCGACUUGGCUUGUCGGAUAUGAGUUUACGGUCGAGGUGGUUUUUUGGAUGGUUAAGAAACUUGGUUACUUGUAAUUACCCCUAUUUAGAGUUGAGAGUUGCUUCGGCUGGUUUAAUAGGGUCUGGUAUAAGUAGUUUGGUUCAACGAAUAGAAUUGUUGAUGUUAUAAUAUAAAUGAAUUAACUUA